ACCGGUCCCAGAUGGAGAUUCCCCACCAGCACCCAGCGAUCACUGAGUAUCACUGACAGGGGAGAGACCUUAACAUACUGCUGUGUAUGUCUCUGCACAACAGAGACAUACACAGCAGUAUAUGUUUCCCUAGUAAAACACACACCCAGCACACAAAGUAAAACAGCACACAGUUAACCCCUGUGUGAUCGCCCCAGAUGUUAACCCCUUCUUGCCCAUUGUCAUUAGUACAGUGUCAGUGCUUUUUAUUAGCACUAAUCACUGAAUUAGUGUCAUUGGGAUGUCAGUGGCAGUUAGUCAGUUCCCCCCCAGUGUCAGAAUGCCCGCCACAGUCCCGCUAUA